AUGGACCAACCCGGUGCGCCCAACAAUGCCGCCCUUUAUGAUGCGCGGAGGCGCAGAGGCUCCGUCGGCACGUCACAACUGUUCGAUAACAUUGUCUCGGCAUCCAACUUCGACCGAGAUGAGGUUGAUCGACUUCGCAAGCGAUUUAUGAAGCUAGACAAAGAUAGCUCGGGCACAAUUGAUCGGGACGAAUUUCUCUCCCUUCCGCAGGUUUCAUCUAACCCACUCGCCACCAGAAUGAUCGCCAUUUUCGAUGAAGACGGCGGCGGCGACGUGGACUUCCAAGAAUUUGUUUCGGGACUAUCAGCCUUUAGUUCCAAGGGGAACAAGGAAGAAAAACUCCGGUUCGCAUUCAAGGUGUACGAUAUCGAUCGAGACGGAUACAUUUCCAAUGGCGAGCUGUUCAUUGUGUUGAAGAUGAUGGUGGGCAAUAAUCUGAAGGACGUUCAAUUGCAGCAGAUCGUCGACAAGACCAUCAUGGAGGCGGAUAAAGACCAAGAUGGGAAAAUCAGCUUCGAGGAGUUCACUGACAUGGUAGAGAAUACCGAUGUGAGCUUGAGCAUGACAUUGAAUCAAAUCUAA